GAAGCAACGGCGAUACAAACGAAUUGUUUUACUUGGUGAUUAACGCAGUAUAGUAACGCAGUAAGUGCAAAUUUAAUUUGGCGGGACGCAGCUGUGAAGAAGUCUUGUCAGAAGUUUACUUGUGGGAUAUUGGACGUCUUGCCUCUGGUACUAUGAGCCAACAGAGUUUUCAGGUGUGUGGUCCAGUUUUAUUAGCCCUCCUGGUGUUGGUGAUCCCAGUUGUCCAGAAUGGAAAGGUUCUUGUGUUUCCUAUGGAUGGCAGCCAUUGGGUCCACAUGAAAACCUUGAUUGAGGUACUUCAUGCCAAAGGUCACAAUAUUACAGUCAUGAGGAUGACAGACAGCUGGUACAUCAAAGAAUUCUCACCUCACUACACAUCAAUCACUCUGAAGUCUGCAGGAGGAUUUGGUGAAGAAUUCCUCGAGAUGUUCACAUCCAGACUUAUGGAAAUUCAGAGGGGCAGUUCCACCUGGGCGCAUAUUAAUCUGGAGAUAGAGAUGUGGAAAAGUAUUUAUGAGAUGAUUAAAACAGAAAGUGAGUUGAUAAUCAGCAUGUUGGAGGAUCAGCAGCUAACGCAGUCCUUAAAAGAGGCCAAAUAUGAUUUGGUUCUUACAGACCCUGCCAUGUUUGGAGGUAUCAUAUUGGGUCAUUAUCUGAAACUGCCCAUGGUCUUCAAUGCGCGUUGGACAUUGUAUAGUGAAGCUCAUUUUAUGAUAGCUCCUUCACCACUUUCGUAUGUUCCUUUUCCAUUCCUGGAGUUUCCCGACCGCAUGAGCUUCUUUGAAAGAAUGAAGAACGUAGUGAUGUACAUAAUAGCUGAAGCACAGAGUGCUCUCCUUUUUGCUCCAACAUAUAAUGCACUUUGCGAACGGUUCAUUGGCCCAGGAGUAUCAUUCCUCACCUUAGUUCAGCGUGCUGAUCUGUGGCUCCAUAGAGUUGACUUUAUUUUUGAAUUUCCACGUCCCACUAUGCCAAACAUUGUCUACAUGGGAGGUUUCCAGUGCAAGCCAUCAAAGCCUCUUUCACAAGAUCUUGAGGACUUUGUGCAGAGCUCUGGUGACCAUGGUGUCAUCGUCAUGUCUCUGGGCACUCUCAUUGGUCAGCUUCCUGAUGAUGUGGCUGAGGCAAUUGCUGAAGCUUUUGCAGAACUUCCACAGAAGGUCAUCUGGAGGUACAAAGGAAAGAGACCAUCUGCACUAGGGAACAACACCUUAAUGAUGGACUGGAUACCUCAGAAUGAUCUUCUGGGUCAUCCUAAGACCAGAGCUUUUGUGGCACAUGGUGGAACGAAUGGAGUUCAAGAAGCCAUCUACCAUGGGGUACCAAUCGUUGGAUUUGGGCUGAUUUUUGAUCAGCCAGACAAUCUUUCGAAAAUGAGAGUAAAGGGAGCAGCAAAGACUGUAGACUUUGCCACAAUGGAUAAGGAUUCCUUCCUUAAAACUGUUAAAGAGGUCCUUUAUGAGCCCUCUUAUCGAGAGAACAUGCAGAGACUCUCAAGGCUUCAUAAGGAUGUUCCAGUAAAGCCUCUGGACAAUGCCAUCUUCUGGAUUGAGUUUGUUAUGAGGCACAAAGGUGCCGCUCACCUUCGCACAGAGUCGUACAAAAUGCCCUGGUACUCUUAUCACACUGUUGACGUGAUACUGUUCCUGAUUUCUUCUGUAUCACUUAUAGUCCUGACCACAUAUGCAGUCAUCAGAUAUUUGUGCUGCAGGAAAUGUAUGAGAAAAACAAAAAAGAAGCUACAAUGAUUCUUUUUAUUGAAUUGAUACAGUAGUGCAUUUAUUUCUUUUUAUUGUUAUUAUUAUUAUUAUUAUUAUUAUUAUUAUUAUUAUUAUUAUUAUUUUGCAUGUGGGAUUAAAAUGGACGGUCUUUUUACUUAAGCAUUUCAAGUUUUGUAUAGGACUAUUCUGUCAUAUUUGUCUGCAGUUCAGGCAUAAUUAAUUAAUUAUUGCAGAUUAACAUUAUUAUUUUAUUAUUAUUUGGCAAAUAAUGUAUUUCUAAAUAAUAUUCUAGACAUUUUAAAUUAUUUUGUCAGUAUUAACCAUACUGGUCUGUUAGAACAACAUGUUUACCCAUUUUAUGUUAACACAUUAUAUUAUAUUAUUUGGUUACGUAUUGAUUACCCUCAAAUGUAUAUCUAUAGCUGUGUCCCUGCAUAACUGCACUAUACAAUAUGCACUUGCAGUAUCCACCAUGCACUCAGUGUAUGCAUUUUCAAAGUGUAGUACUGUCUUAAAUUAAAUACUAUUGCUUUUUGUUUGUUUUUUUACAACACGGAAGCAUUUGCUGUAUUUCAGCUAACAGAAGUGAUGUUUCAAACGAAAGCGAUGCAUUGCUGCAAGCUUUAGCGUGUUAGCCAAACUCUGUUCAACACUUGUAUCUCAAAUAAUGUAUACAUAUUCACACAGCAUGGGUUAAUAGUAAAGCAUUCAGCUCAUUUGUAAGGUGUUUUAUUCAAAUAAAAUUCACUAGUUUCCUCAUUCA